AUGCUGGACCUCAUCACCAUCCUCUCGGCCGCCGGCUUGCAGCAGGAGCUCAAAUCGGCCAACGGAGACAAGAGCUUGGUGAUCCGUGAGGAGGAGGAGGAGACGAGCUUCGUUGAGAGCGCCGCCGGGCAUGUCUCCACCGCCCUCGAGAGCUUCGAUGACGCCGUGGCGCAGGGCUGGAGCGCCCUCUUCGGAAAUUCUGAAAGCUCGGCGGAGAUGCAACCGCAGCCCAAGAAGGUGGACUGA